CCAACUCCGCGGGUGGGAGUUUGCAAAGCCCUGCGCGAUCCUCUUGCCAAGCCCUCUUGCUUUGUGGGGGAACUUUCCUCCUUCCCUUUCUUGGAGGGACUCCUCGGUGCCCCUGCCCUGGAGCCCUCUGGGCAUGCCUUUGCCCCCCUUUGGCUUCUCAGGGAUCAGCUGCUGGAUCAGCCCCUCUUCAGGGGGCCUGGGAGGCACUCAGGAUGGAGAAGAAGCCCAUGGACCAUUACCUGCGCCGCUUGAAGCAGGAGUUGUUAUCCAUGAAGGAGGUUGGGGAUGGACUGCAUGAACAGAUGAACUGCAUGAUGGGUGCACUGCAAGAGCUGAAACUCCUCCAAGUCCAGACAGCUUUGGAGCAGCUGGAGAUUUCAAGCAACCCAAACCAAGUUUCAGGAACUGGGCACCAUCAAUAUUGUCAAAACAAUAAAGAGGUGCCAAGGGCAAGGCGGGAAACCAGCAGACAGAAUGAGAAACUGCUGGGAAGUAGUUAUUUGGAUGGCUGCAGUUCCUCAUCCUCCUUGUGCUCUACUCAGGUGUCACAAUCCACCAGCCCACUUUACCACAUUACUUUGCCAGACAGUAGCCAUGGGCAGAUGGCAUCAUCCCUUAACAGCAUAGGUAGUGAGGAGUACUAUUAUGCCAGUGGACCUUCAUCGACAGUGAGCACUGCAGAGUAUCAUUCACCGAGGACACUUGAAUCAUCCAGUGAGCACAUGAGUAGGAGUUGGUUUUCCCAAGACACAAGCAGCUUCUCUGAUAGUAAAUCAGGUUGUGGAGAGUGCCAGUUUUCUGAUGAAACCAAUGACUGGACUUCGUCACUCAUGUCCCAAAGCAGGAAUCGACAGCCUUUGGUUCUGGGUGAUAAUAUCUUUGCUGAUUUGGUUGGAAACUGGUUGGAUUUGCCUGAGAUAGACAAAAAAGGAGAGAAGAAUGAGACACCCUUGUCAAGCAGCAAGUCUCAGGAGUUCUACAGAAAGUUUUCCCUCACAACCAAUAUCUUCAAGAAGUUCUUAAGGAGCGUUCGGCCAGACCGAGACAGGUUGCUCAAGGAGAAACCUUGCUGGUUGCCAACGGAAGACAAAGAGACUGAAAUCUUAAAAAGGCCCAAAAAAUUAAACAAACAGAAGGGGACCUUUUAUUUCCCAGUCCAUGGGAACAUAUCAAACACUCAUGACAAAGCAGAAAGGUGCCAAAAGAAAGAAACAAACAAGGCCAAGGCCAAACACUAUGUCAAGAAGAUCCACAACACAAUAGAGCACACUCAGGCUGGGUUUGAUUUUAACACAGCUGUGUGGGUCUGAAUUUCCAAGACUCAUCAUCUCAUUUGCCAAAACUGUUCAGUCCCAACCAAGAGACAAACUAUUUGUCAUACAUGGAGUAGUGUGAAAAAAGGAUGGAUAAGGUGGUCUUCAUGAAGCAUAUGGACACAAAUCAUUUCCACAACACAGCUUGUUUACCACACCUGUUUGAUAAAGGGAAUCUGAUUGUAUAGAAAAGCUCUCCAAAGCUAAUGCUAGAGAGAGCCCUUCAUAAUUUGUGGUGGGUGGAUGUCAGAGGAGUGUCUUAGCCAGUUCCUCAAUUUUUCCACCUAUAAAGGCUUCAGGUUUGCCAAACAUAUUCAGUUCAUUUCUAAUUCAAGUAGCAACAGAAUGUUAGACGUGUGUGUGUAUUUGUAUGGUGUGUGUGUGUGUGUAUUAAUUCAUUAUUUCCUUGUGUGCACUAAAUCCUGGUUUUUGUACCAGGCAAAUGAAUAAGCACUUAAUAGUUAAAUUAAGAGUGAGGCAUGAAUCUGUAAGAAUAGAAAGACUGUCUGACUUGAAUAAUGGCUGAGUGAAUUUGGUACAGCCAGUCAUCACAUUGCAUUUUGACAGUUCUUUUUUAAAAGCAUUAUUUCCAAUUCACCCCACAUGAUCUUUACUGUAUUAGAAUGUGUCUAAAGAGUGCUAUGUAGUAACUAGCCAUCCUGUCACAGCAACUUUAGGAUUAGCAGAAGUUCUUCACCUGUUCAUUUUGCCCUCAAAGCCUUAAAUUCUUGAUGCCACACUGAAGUCCCACAUUGCAAUAGAUUUUUAUCUAGUUUUGUUGUUUUAUUUUGCAUUUCUUGUUGUGUACGGCUUUAGCCUUGUGAGAAUUAGUUCUCCUGUGGUCCACUCUCCAAGAGUGUAUUAAUAAAGUGAU